GCGGGUUGUGCUCUGUGUGUGAGUGCGCGGACGGCCUGUCGGCUUGCGUGGGCCGCUGGUGUGGCCUGCAAUCCCCGUUACACACCGGGGACCGAGAGCGAGUGUCUGAAACAGCCCUGUGCCUAAAGAGGGGAUUCGUUCCCGGGGAGGAGGGCGCAGGCCCCGACAUGGACUGUACCAGGCCCUGAGGAGCGGAGUGAAGGCAGGUUGAUUUGAACUUAUUACUAAGGGAAACAUGGGGGCAAAAGAGAAAUUGGAAGCCAUGCUUAAUGUGGCACUUCGUGUACCAAGCAUCAUGCUCUUAGAUGUCUUGUAUCGAUGGGAUGUAAGCUCCUUCUUCCAGCAGAUCCAGAGAAGUAGCCUGAACAACAACCCACUCUUUCAGUACAAGUACCUUGCUCUUAAUAUGCAUUAUGUUGGUUACAUCCUAAGUGUCGUGCUUCUGACUUUACCCCGACAACAUCUGGCUAAACUAUACCUCUAUAUGGUAACUGCUCUGCUGCUUUAUACGGGACAUCAGAUCUCCAGGGAUUAUGUCCGGAGUGAGUUGGAAUCUGGCUAUGAAGGUCCAAUGCAUUUAGAGCCACUGUCUAUGAAUAGAUUUAUUACGGCGCUAGUAGGCCAGUUGGUGGUUUGUACGCUCUGCUCUUGUGUGAUGAAGACGAAGCAGAUAUGGCUAUUCUCGGCUCACAUAGUCCCGCUGUUGGCGCGCCUCUGCUUGGUCCCUAUUGAAACUAUCGUCGUCAUUAAUAAGUUUGCCAUGAUUUUCACUGGACUUGAAGUGUUGUACUUCUUGGCAUCUAAUCUCUUGGUCCCCUUUAAUCUUGCAAAGACCGCAUAUAGAGAACUUGUCCAGGUGGUAGAGGUCUAUGGCCUCCUCGCUCUGGGAAUGUCUCUGUGGAAUCAACUUGUGGUCCCUGUCUUAUUCAUGGUGUUCUGGUUGGUCCUGUUUGCUCUUCAGAUCUAUACUUAUUUCAGCACCCGUGACCAGCCGACCUCCCGUGAGAGGCUUCUUUUCCUCUUUCUCACAAGUAUUGCUGAAUGCUGCAGCACUCCAUAUUCUCUACUGGGUUUAGUAUUUACGGUUUCCUUUGUGGCUCUUGGUGUAUUGACCCUUUGCAAGUUUUAUCUUCAGGGAUACCGAGCUUUCAUGAAUGAUCCGGCCAUGAACAGGGGUAUGACUGAAGGAGUGACUCUACUGAUUCUUGCUGUGCAGACGGGCCUGAUUGAGCUUCAAGUGGUCCACAGAGCCUUUCUUCUCAGCAUAAUUCUGUUUAUUGUUGUGGCAUCCAUCUUGCAGUCUAUGCUGGAAAUUGCUGACCCUAUUGUUCUUGCUUUGGGGGCUUCACGUGACAAGAGCCUGUGGAAACAUUUCCGCGCUGUCAGCCUUUGCUUGUUUCUUCUGAUUUUCCCAUCAUAUAUGGCUUACAUGAUUUGUCAGUUCUUCCAUAUGGACUUCUGGCUCCUAAUAAUCAUAUCCAGCAGCAUCCUCACAUCUCUGCAGGUGCUUGGAACACUUUUCAUCUACGUCCUUUUCAUGAUUGAGGAGUUCCGGAAGGAGCCAGUUGAAAACAUGGAUGAUGUCAUUUAUUACGUGAACGGCACAUACCGUCUGCUCGAGUUCUUGGUGGCAUUGUGUGUCGUUGCAUAUGGAGUCUCUGAAACUGUGUUUGGCGAAUGGACCGUGAUGGGAUCCAUGAUUAUCUUUAUCCACUCUUAUUAUAAUGUCUGGCUGCGGGCACAGCUAGGCUGGAAGAGUUUCCUGUUGCGCAGAGAUGCAGUGAAUAAAAUCAAAUCAUUACCAACUGCCACCAAAGAGCAACUGGAGAAACAUAAUGACAUUUGUUCUAUCUGUUAUCAGGACAUGAAUACAGCAGUCAUCACACCCUGCAGUCACUUUUUCCAUGCUGGGUGCCUUAAGAAGUGGCUGUAUGUGCAAGAAACCUGUCCAUUGUGUCACUGCCAGUUGAAAUCUCUGUCUCAGCAAGCCGUGGUGGAAACGGACACCCUUACAAAUAAUGAAGAGGCUCAAAAUAUACACCAGCCACCACCAAUAGAUGUUUCCAGAGCAGAGACAGUGGCAGAACCUCUGCAAAACGUUCAAGAGAACACAGCCCAAAAAGUAGAGUUUGCACCAGAGACUCUGCCUACUGGAUCAUCAGGUAGCUUUCAAGAGCUGUAUGAGGAGGACUUGCACAGCCAAGCUGCAGGUUUAAACAGAAAUGAAGAGUUUGGGGGUGUAACGGCUACAGACGAAGAACCACCUCCGGGCUUAAAUGAACACUUUCCCCCUCAAGUACCAGAAGUUUUUGCAGGGAUCUGAUCUAUUUUGUGUUUUAUCAGCCUGUUCAGACUAGCCUUUUCAAAGCCAAAUCCCAUGUUAUCACUUGCAGCAUUCUGAUAUUUGAGGAGAAUUUAACCAUUGAUGCUGAGCAAAGUGUAUGCAAAAAAAAAAAGUUCCCAUGAGGAUUUUUCUUUUCACGAUUUUGGUGCCGAUGAAGAUAAUCAAUUCUUUCUGUGUACAUGUUGCUAGUCUUGCAAAAGGAGCUAGCCCACUGCUUAUUUUUGGGAUUCAUUAUUGUAAAUGGGGGGGGAAAGUUGUUUCAUCAAUUUUGUUUAUAAUUUUUUUGUUUAAUUUUCUUUUCUUUAAAAAGUCCAUCAAAGUUUUCAGAAAAGUUUACAGAUAAUCUUAACAGAUUUUUCAUGUCUGAUUUAACAAAGCAUGGGGGGGAGUUUUUUUUUUUUUUUUUUGUGGGUUUCCCUCCCCCACCCCUCUUUUUAAGCACCCGAUGAUGUGAUUUCACAGUGAGGAUGCUGCAUGCUUGCAUGCACACUUGCUUGCACUCUUAAUUAUACACAAAUUUGGAGGGAGGGGUUGUUAUUUCGGAAAGGGAAUGUCACUGGAUUUUGGAUGACAGAAUCUGCGGCCUGGAGUGAUUAUCACAUUUCCUUCUUACCUUUUUAGUAUUACGCUGCACUUAAACUCUGUUCCUGUAUGAAGUAUAAAUGAAGUUCAGGUGACUGCUAUCUAAGCAGGAUGAACUUCAUUGCACAGAAAGGGGCGUAUGAGUUAAACGACUGCAAUGUUAUUUAAAAGAAAUACAGUGUUAAAAUUUGGCAGUAUUUGCACUUUUUGGAAAUGAGUACAUAUUUUUGUGUAUGAUCAAACUACGCAAAUGCCAUUUUAAGGCUGUUGGUAGUGUGUGUAUCAGUGGUUCUUGACCUUUUUUGACAGGGACCCAAAUGCACGUCAUUAGCUUGGCGACCCAUUAUUCAAUUGUAUCAUAGUGAAUAUUAAAAUAAAUUCUGCAAAAUACUUGCAUUAGUUUUCCCAUUGCCACAUGGGGCCUCUAUUGCAACAGAAAAGACAGUUCAGUACAGUCAACAUUUUCUUGUGGGCAACUGUCUGUGGCCUGUUGAAUAUAGUGUUUUAUGGUUCAUGCAAUAAAAGAACCAAGUUUUGGUUUAGAUGCAGAGGUUUAGGAACCACUGAAUGAAAAUAU